AUGAGAAACAUUCGGCAAACAUUCGUUAUUUCUUAUGAUCAGUUAUCAUCUCAUUCAAAUUUUCUUAAGUUUGCAUCAGGACUUUUUGAUAUUGCAGAUGAAAGUGGAACACCUCGGACUAAUGAUAAAGAAUUAUUAUCACGCGCUUUUUUAGAAUUUGGGAAUGAACUGAAUGAACAACGAGAUCCACCAUUCUCAAUUUCCGUUGUUCCUUGUCUGUCGGAAGCAAAUGGAACUGAACCGUAUCGUGAACCUCAACAAGCAAGUGAUUGA